AUGCCGUGUGCACACGCAUUUGCACAUAGCGCUAAGGAAACGAACAUGGACACCUUGUCCUACUACACAUACCAAACGAUAGACCAGGGCCUUAUCAUUGCCAAUGUCGCAAGCAAGACGGCUAUUGCUGAGGUCUGGAAUGCUGGGGCACAUGUGCUCCAGUCGUCCAUGUCUCGCUGGCUGAGUAAUACAUAUGUGAAGAAUGUAUGGGAAGAUAAACGCAAAAGCGAGCGGAUCACGAAAAACGACACGUCUGUUCUGCCCAGGAGUAAUACAGCCAAAGACUUUGGCAAACGGGCCGUACAAAGGCAAGACUCCAAAGCCCUCCGAAGUAGGUCUAUGUCUGGCGUUAACUACAAAGACAAAGUAGUGGAAGCCAAUGCAAUUGAGCAGUACCCCUCACCACCCAAUUCACCGACACAAUGGCGAACGAAGAAAAACAGAAGCAACCUAGACCGAGCACACAAGCACGAGAAAGUGACUACUGGAUUACUAGAAGAUCUUCAGGUAUCCACCUUAGCUAACGUAAACUACCCCUUCACGGUGUGUCGCAAUGUCAACCGCCGCAUCUACACCGCAAGUCGCGAGGUGGCGGAAUACGGCGCCGGCCAAGUGUUAAAUCGGGACUAUGUAAAGGCUGUCUGCAUCAACGUAUACAACGAUAUGAGCGAAAGCAUGCACACCGCCAUCACAUCGCUUGCCACGGGCUCGGUGGUCGAGUCUCUGUUUGACAUCAAACGUGUGGACAAGCGCACACACGAGCAGAUGGUCAUUGGUGCCGGGUACCCCUUUGUCACGUACGAGGUGAUUACGGAUGACGGCUACAUCCUGAAGCUGGAACGCAUCCCCAGAUACGGCGCGACCAAGUCUGUGUUCUUGCAGCACGGUGUGUCAGAUAACGCCGCUACUUUCAUCAUGUCGGGCACCGUGGGCGGGUUAGCGUACCGCCUGUACGACGAGGGCUACGAUGUGUGGCUGGGCAACUUCCGCGGCACAGACGACAACCCGCAGCACAUGGACAAUCUCUCUCAGGCCGAGUACUGGAGCUUCAAUCCCAACCACCACGCACUCAUAGACAUGCCUAGCAUGCUUGAGGCCAUACGCCACACCCAGGAGGUCGAGAAGGCCGCGUUGGGAGAUGCAGACGGCGAGAAGCGCACGUUGACGGUGGUGUCGCACAGUAUGGGCGCGAUGUGUGCACUGAUGUGGGUCACGCACGCGCGCAUGCACAAUGGCAACCACUUCGUAGACAAGCUUGUGGUCAUGUCGCCUGGGGGUUACCAUGCCAAGAUCCCGCUGUUGUGCCGCAUGGUUGGACCGCUCGUGAACAUUGCCCUGCCCAGGAUGCCGUUCUUGCACUCGCUGAAAUGGCCGAAUGAGGUCAGCCGAAUUCUAGUGGCCAAAGCCGCCGAGGACGUCGUGGCCGCCAAACCCUUCAGUCGAUUUAUAGGCUUGUUUCUGGAAUCUUUAUUAGGAACGCCUCAUACGUACGAGCACUACGCGUUCGAUGCCGUCCACAACUUCACUUUCAACAUCCUAACCGGAACGCCGAAGGGAGUCUUCUACUUCUUCUGGAACAAUUAUUGUAAACAGCGGUUUCUGGGUUUCGACUAUGGACUGGAGGGCAACCUAGAAGAGUACGGAACAGAGGAGCCUGUCGAUUUCAUGGAGAACUUCGAUGCCAUCGACGUGCCGACAUUCUUUGUAAUUGGUCUGGGCGACAAUUUAAUCUACCCAGAGAAUGUGGCGUGGCAAUACUAUGCGCUCAAGCGCUUUCACCCGGAACUGGCUCAUCUUAAGGCGGUCGACGCCGGGCAUAUCGACUUCACUUAUGGAAUGAAUGAAGAGGUCUGGCAGCUAAUCACAUCGGUGGUGGACGACAAAUUCUGAGCCGACUAAACUUAGAACAUAAUGAACGUAAAUCACAAUACGCGAUAAAUUAAUGAAGGGAUACAAUAUACACUCUCAACAAAGAAAUAUUAGAUGCAAACUGAUUAAGGAAACAAUAAAGUCAAAGUCCAGGCUAUAUCACAUC